GUAGCACACCACGUGAUCUUAGCAAAGAUGGCGGCGCCCAUGGAGCUUGUGCUGAGCGCUGAUGCCGCCGGACAGGUUGCAAAUUGCACUGUAUGGGAUCCAUUGACCGGUUCGGUGUUACUCACAUAUCGAGGGGGAAACAGCACGGGUCGGGGUCUGGCGGUACUUGGAGGCCAGUAUCUGCUCGGAGGGCAACUCGGAAAAAACUACAUAAAUGUGUGGGAACUACAGAGAAAGGUAAGGGAUUCAUUAUGCCCAUUUUUGGAAUAUGUUUUUUUUCUACAGCUCUACCGAUAACAUUCAGGGUUCUUGGCCAUGAUGGUUACUCUUUCUUGAAACACAGAUACUUUUUUUUUUUUUUUGUAGUACACAAGAAAACACACAGUGUACUCCUUUUAUAUUUCGGAUGUGUUGGGCCGACACAUUUUAGCAAUUUGAAGGUAAGUUUACCUGAAACCCGUGAGGGAGAUUGCUCAAAAUGUUCUGUUCUGGAAGGUGAUCUAAAAGUAGAGCAAUCACCAUGGAAGCCAGUAGGCAUAUUAUAUUGGUGCCUUCUGCCAUUUUACACUUUUUGGAACAGAAAACUUUGAUAUACCCAACUCACUGUAUCAGUUCCAUACCUCCCAACAUUCUGAAGAAUGGAGAUAGGGACGGUUGAGUCGUGUCACUGGCGACACUCAUAAUGAGAAGGCCAUGCAGAGAAUGAUAUUGUGUGGACACCAGGCUGUGACUGACCGACUGUCUGGCCAGCCCUAUACUACAGGACCAUAUUGUAGUGCUCUGUGCAUGGUUCUAGUGACCGUUCCCAUCGCAAGUGCAUUUUAUGACCUGGUGUUCCCUGUUACUGCAAUUGCAGGACAGAAGCCCAAAAUCACAAUAGACCUGUUGCAGUUGCGGGACUGUAUGGAGGCCUGAUUACCAGAGAUCAAGAGGUUUGAUGUUAAUAAAUAGGCAGGUUUUCAGGGUGAUUUUUCUUAGACAUGACUCCUUUAAACUUCCUCCCUGAAUACCACAUAUGCUUUCUAGGUUGACACUGAUCCUGCUAAAAUAAAUAUAUAUAUGUAUGUAUAUGUAUUUUGAACAUUAGAAUUUCCUCCUCCUUAUUCAUUUUUAGGCCACUAUUACAAGGGAAAUUAAGCCAUAUUACUUACCAUUAUAACUUUCAUGCCUCGCCGUGGCCGAUGCUCCAACCCUUGUUUAAAUCAUCAUUACUGAUUAUCUUAGCCAAUCCAAUGUUUUUGGGGGCCGUCUAUACAUAUUAGGCAAUCAGCAUCUCCUCAUCGAGAGUGUUCAUCUUCAUGCAGAGUGUGAGGAUGCCAAUUGUCAUCCCUACAAAGAUUGCAGGAACAUGAUAGGAAGCACCUCUAAUGGAUAUUUAAAUGACAUCCACUAGAGGUGUUCGCAGGAACAAAUGUAAACACUGCCUUUUAAUAGAAAAUUUAAUUUUCACAGACAAGAGACUUCAGGGCCAAUCUUUUUUUUUUUUUUUUUUCACCAUAAUUACUACAGAGCGCUACUUAUAAUGUAAGUAGUUCAACCAUUUGCAAGUUUGAUAUCUUACCUGAUGUACACUGGCCGCUGUCAUCUCGGACAGUUGGAAGCUCAAAGCCUGGCUGUGCAGAGUUUAUCUAAUUGGCUGACAGUGAUCAGCGGUCAGAUUGUCUGAUGUUCUCAGUCAACGAGCUAGCCCUGCGUGGCAGAAUUUAGCUCAGGAUAGCUAACGGAAGCGACUGUUGGGGGAUUCCAGUUCUCAUUGGUGGAAGUGACUGAUGCCUAUUAAACCCAGUUUAAAAAAAAAAAAGUCAUAGCAUUAGUAGAAAGUAGUGGAAUAAAUCUGCUGCUUUUGUAAAAUCUGGUGUUGCGGUUCAAUUGAUUAAUUUUACUGUUUACUUGCAUGCAUCUGUGUCAAUUUCAAUGAUGAGACUUCACGUAUGUAUAAAUUAGUUAUGGUUUCUUCAGAAGCCAUUAAAACCAUUUGUCCAGUGAUUCUUUUCAGAAAAUGUUUAAUAUUCUAAAUGGUCUAAUUUGGAAUUUUCCUCUUUGUUGUCUUCUUAUUUAUUGACAUGUUCUUGCUGAGUUAAAAAAAAAAAAAAAAAUAGAUAUAAGCAAAUAUAACUGUUAGAUUCUAUGCAUAGGUGAAAAAUAUCAAUCUCAUCAUUGUUCUAUUUUUUUCCUUCUUUUGUACUUCUAGGAUCAGCUGCAGCAGAAAAUUGUGUGCCCAGGACCAGUAACAUGUCUAGCUGCAUCUCCCAAUGGGCUGUAUUUGGUGGCUGGCAUUUCAGAGAGUAUCUACUUAUGGGAGGUGAGAUCCUACACACAUUGGCCAGGGAAGGUGAUGAGAGGAAAUUAGUUAUAUCCUGUGCUGUUUGGCAUGUUCUAAAGAGAAUUACCUAACAACAUCUGAUCUAACUGAUAUGUCUCUUGUUUAAUUUGCCACUGACUCUCUUCUCUUACUUUCAGCUUUAAACUUGACUGCAACUUUUUAUCCUUCUUACUUGUGUUACGUGUCGCAGGUUUGUACUGGACGCCUCCUUGCAAUUAUGAACUGCCACUACCAGGAUGUCACAUGCUUGACUUUCACAGAUGACAGCAGCCAUUUCUUAUCUGGAGCCAAGGAUAGCCUGGUUAUGGUUUGGAACAUUUACAGGUGAAUUCUUUUUGACAGACCAACUUGUAUCAGUUAAUCACAGAGAUCUUUUCAAAUUUUGGUUCAAUUUAAAGCAGAACUGAAAUAUUUAUACUUUGCCUAUAUAAUGCAAUAAAGGGGCAACGUAAACAACAUAAUCAGUGCACUGAGUUAAAGUGUUCGUUGCGCCUUGAGUCCUGGUGCCAUCACCCAGUUUAAUAUUAAAUUUAGUAAAAAAAUUAAUCUUAUUUUGCACCCUGGGACCAACCCCCAUUUUGGUCACUUUGUUUGCAGAGAGUGUUGAGAUGAAGCACAUCUCUGGUUGCCAGGUAAAGCCCUGGUUUGUAACAAACCAGUCUUAAAUAAUUUGUAACUAUGCUAGGGUAUGGCAUCAGGGCCCACCAGGCAACAUAGUCAUUGCAGUUCACAGAAGUGUUAUUAAGGUAAGCGUGCCCUUUAAAUUAAACUUUCCUUUAAAUAUCCCUCACACAAAUUACCAGUAUAUGCUGCUUCUCUUGUGAUGCCAGCUAACUCUGGUCCCUAUAGUGGUUUCACAGUAUGUGUUCCCAUAUGCACAUGGUUUUUUACUUGUCCACCUGUUUGUAUUUGUAUUAACCUUCAAGGUUCUUGGUAUUUUUGCAAGUAGAAUGAAAGCAGAGGCAGCAGGCCAAUCACUCAUAGACCAGGAGGAUGUCCACCAGUCAGGAACUUUUUAUUCAGAUCAGGUUUUUCCUCUGCUUUUUUUGUUUUGUUAUUGUUUUGGUUUAAGGGGAGGUAGACUCUUGUGUCAUGCCCACUCCACGCACACAAGGUAGAUGGGAGUAGCAAAACACUCUCUUCGCAGUUUUAUAGCUGCAGUGAUUUAUUUGCCAAUAGCAAUCAUAAAUUGCCCUGUGCUGGGUGACUAGUUUCAGGAAGCUCUAUGAACCAUGUUUUAUAGAGUGGCCUUCUAAUGUAUCCAUCUAUAGUCAGACAGUUCUAUUUUACCCUUUCUGUUGGUACUUGGUUACCUUUUUGGGGGCAUGGGGAGGGGGUUUUAGCUUAUUUAAAACAAAGCAGGGUUGAUUUGUUGUAAAAUGGAAUUAAGAAGUCAUCGUAGCCUCUACCAUCCUGGUUGAAGGAUACUUCUCUGGGGCUCUCCCCAAGUUAAAAGGACAAUCCAGAUGUGGAUCCCAUGCUCACUGUGCCUAGAGAUGUAUCAGCAACUCCUCGCUGAUGAGGCCCAAAGAAGGCCAAAACGUUUCACGGGUUGCUGUAUCUCUCAUGCAGAGAGAGCUUGCUGGCAUUUCUGUUCUCGACUGCUCUUACAGGGGGGAAGGGGAUCAGUCUCAUAUGAUAUGGAAUAUGUUCUCUUUGUAAUGGCACAAGUGAGCAAAAAACAUUUUGAUUCCUGAGCGGGAAGCUUCUGAGUUUCUCCAAGCUUUUGUCCGUUCUCAGAGUUCUCACAUUCUUUGUUAAUGCUUCAGACUUGAGCUGGACACUCUUUGUCCAUUAAAAAUGUAAAAUUCGUUUACCUUUUGAAUGAUUGCCUUUUUGUUGCUGUGACAUCAGCAGUAAUCUGGAAAAGGCUGGAAUGGCUCAACCAGACCUGCUUCUUCUUUUGAUGUUUAUGGGAAUGCUGUAGUACCUAAUAAACACAUGCUGCACAGCACGGUUUUAUAGUAUGAAUAAAACAAUUAUAGUAUGAGGAGAUUUUGCUGUAUGCAUAUAUUCUGCUCUGCUGGUUUCCAGUUCUUUAAAAAUAAAUUGAACCUGUGAAAAGCCCUGUUUCAAAGUAACAAAAAUAUCAGAGUCCUUGAUGCCAGAGUUACAAUUUUAAGUAAUGUCUUUAGAAAGGAGCAAUUCAGAAUCCUUUGCUAACUGUCCCUUUUGAAGUGUGAUUGCUGUGCAUAGGUUUGUGCUUGUCACAGUAAGGUUUUUUUUAUACUAAUUUAUUUUUUAGUGUGUUGCAAGUGGAAGCUUCUCGUGUACCUGAGCCUCGUCACAUGUGGUCUCAUCACAGUCUGCCUAUUACAGACUUGCAAUGUGGCAUUGGCGGCCCACAGUCUCGUGCAGUUACUUCUUCACUCGACCAAACUGUUAAGGUACUUGUAAGACUUUUGUUUGAUACUUUAAAAAUAAGUUCUAAUGUUUAGUUAACCCCUUAAGGACCAAACUUCUGGAAUAAAAGGGAAUCUUGACAUGUCACACAUGUCAUGUGUCCUUAAAGGACCAUUAUAGUGCCAGGAAAACAUACUCGUUUUCCUGGCACUAUAGUGCCCUGAGGGACCCCCUCCCGCCGGGCUCUGGGGAGAGUAAGGGGUUAAACUUACCUCUUUCUCCAGCCGCAUUAAUUUAUUUUUUAGUGUGUCGCAAGCAGCGCAUUCAGCCGGUCUCAUAGGAAAGCAUUUACAAUGCUUUACUAUGGACGCUGGCGUCUUCUCACUGUGAUUUCCACAGUGAGAAGCACGCAAACGCCUCUAGCGGCUGUCAAUGAGACAGCCACUAGAGGCUUUAGAGGCUGGAUUAACCCUAUUAUAAACAUAGCAGUUUCUCUGAAACUGCUAUGUUUAUAUAAAAAAAAGGGUUAAUCCUAGAGGAAACUGGCGCCCAGACCACUUCAUUAAGCUGAAGUGGUCUGGGUGCCUAGAGUGGUCCUUUAAGGGGUUAAACCUUCUAAAAUUUAUUUUAAGAAAUUGUCUUCAUAAUAAUAGUAGUGUUGAAGUCACUGAACUCCUUCCCAUAAAGCUUUUAAGAAAAGCCUGUUUACCUAAAACUGAAAUGAUUUAGGAUAAGCGUUCACGCUUGAUACAGCCCACUGCAGUGUUUAAAGGACCACUCUAGGCACCCAGACCACUUCAGCUUAAUGAAGUGGUCUGGGUGCCAGGUCCUUCUAGGGUUAACCCAUUUUUUCAUAAUUAUAGCAGUUUCAGAGAAACUGCUAUAAUUAUGAAUGGGUUAAGCCUUCCCCCUAAUCCUCUAGUGGCUAUCUCAUUGACAGCCACUAGAGGCGCUUGCGUGCUUCUCACUGUGAAAAUCACAGUGAGAGCACGCCAGCGUCCAUAGGAAAGCAUUGUAAAUGCUUUCCUAUGAGACCGGCUGAAUGCGCGCGCAGCUCUUGCCGCGCGUGCGCAUUCAGCCGGCGGGGCGUAACGGAGGCGGAGAGGAGGAGGAGAGCUCUCCGCCCAGCGCUGGAAAAAGGUAAGUUUUUACCCCUUUCCCCUUCCAGAGCCGGGCGGGAGGGGGACCCUGAGGGUGGGGGCACCCUCAGGGCACUAUAGUGCCAGGAAAACGAGUAUGUUUUCCUGGCACUAUAGUGGUCCUUUAAGAUUUAAGUUUGUUUGGAUCCACUAGGCCCCCUCAAAGUAUGUUCAUCGAUGUCCUAUAGUCAGUCUUGGAAGGUGGCGGGUAGAUCCAUUUUAAAGGUACUUAUUCAAAUCCAAAAGAGAGAUCCAAAACUACUGUAGGUAACCUAAAAUGAAAAGUGCCAAUUAAGUCUAUGUGUGUUAUAUUAUUAAUGGCCACAGGGGGGAGAGACAUCCAAGGAGGAUACAGGAAAAAAGUCUAUUUUGAAUCGGAAAAAAGUAAAGUCACAGAUGUCACAGCUUGCCUUAGAAAAAGUCACUGAAAAAUCUGAAAAAAGGUUUUGAUAGGAAAGAAAAGCAAAUUUUAAGUAAAUACUGACAACAUAAUUUACAUAUAGUAGAGCAUUACACGAAUAUGAAAAUGGGAAUAUUUAUUCAGUUUUUUCCCAGUCAUUUAGAGACAAAACAGUAAAGAAACAGAACAUUUAAAGGGACAGUGCAGAUUUUAAUACAAACCUUUCUAAAUUAAUCUUGUAACUCCCACAUGGUUGCAAUCAUACAACUGGUCCUGCGUCUACCUAGUUAUUUAGCACAAUGGAACUAAACUCAAGAGGCAGUCAGUCUGCCUUACAAAGACUUCUCAUUGAGCUGCAUUGGUAAAUCUGUGAUUGGACAGCCACAGAAAGUCUGGUUGGGGUUAGAAGGGGAAAGCUUGCAAAUGCUUCGGCAAUAGAUCUGCAGCUUUUGCACCUGUUUUUAGAUUUAUCAAAAUGUAAAAAAAAAAAUCAUAAUUCAUAAUGUGCAGUGUGUUCUGGGAGAUAACAGAGCCCCGCUAGAAUCAGGUAAAUAAAAGGAAAGGGUUUUAACCCUUUAAAGGCUGUUGGGGGGUGGGGUGGGGUAGAGGGAGAGAGGCAGAGGGACACUAUAGUGUUGUAUUAUAAUUUUAACAUGCAAAGUGUAUGCAUGGCAUGUGUCUGCAGUGGGGUGUAUAGUCAUGAAACAAGGCUGUGAUGACUGUUUUCUUAUCACACUUCUUUUCUUUGUUUUGUACUGUUUUCACCCUGGUUUGCAAUCCAUGCAGCAUGUGGGUUACCAUCAACUAAUGUUAUAUAAAAAUCAGGUAGGGAAGUUUUAUAAUGCGUUACUUUAUUAAUCAGUGACUCCAGGGAGAGUUGUUUUUAGAGUAUCUGUGACUUUUUUCCCUGGAUUCCCAAGGAGUUCUAGUCUAAAACAAAUAGUGAUGCAUUGUUCCCUGUGCUUCUUUGCUUACAUAGGAUAUAGAUGCAGAUUUUAAGUGUGGGAUUCAUCAAUAAACUGGUGGCAUAAGAUGUUUCCUACUUUGUCCUUUUCUAAAAUAAAUUUAAAUAGCUGAAAAUCUCUAUAUUUCCAAACACUCAGCCUCCCUAACACUCUUCUUUUUUUUUUUUUAUCCUUCUAUCUUUCUCUUUUGUCUGUUUUCUUUUUUUUUUACUUUUUUUUUUAUAUUAACUUAGAUCUUCAUCCCAGAUAAACGUAUAUGAGCUUUAUUUAUGUACAAACAGGUUAGUCUUUGUUUUAAUAACCGUUUUUGAAUGCUGAUUUCAUUAAAGCUGUGGGAUAUUUCAUCGGGGGACAUCCUGCUCUCUGUCCUCUUUGAUGUCCGGAUUAUGUCAGUGGCCCUUGAUCCAGCUGAAUAUCACAUAUUCUGUGGAGGCAGUGAUGGUUCUAUAUUCCAGGUGGACCUCCUUGCAUGGGUGAGUGUGAUGCCAAAUAAGGCUUAGUAGUGUAUUAUUUAAUAGGAACACAAUGUAAACAUAAACCUGCAUUGUUUAGACUGUGCACAGGGAAAGGACAUUCAAUCAAGAGCAGGAGAAGGUGUUUAAAGGACACAGGUAGGAAGCUGAAGUUUUUUGAAAAGCUUUAACCUGUCUUGUAAUACAUUGAAAUGCUGGUCGUAAUUCAGUGGUUUUAAAAAGUUUCCAUCUGUCUCUGUGACCUUAGAAACCAGGUUACCUGCCUCUCUGUAUCGCUGGAUGGGAGUAUGCUGGUAUCGGGUUCCCAUGAUGAAACCGUCUGUGUUUGGGACAUCCAGAGCAAGCAGUGUCUACGAACUGUUCCCCACAGAGGUAUUGCAUUUUAUUUAUUAACCAGUGGUUUGUUUUCACAUACUGUCUCACACUAGAUUAGCCAGCUGACGCACAAGUACAAUAAAUGAUAAUAGAACUAUAGUAUGAGAAGAUGCUUAAAUAUAAUGGAUCUCUGAUAACAUGUCUAAUGGUGACUUAAAGGAACACGGUAGUGUUAGAUGUGCAAUCUUUAUUCGUAAUGCUGUGGUUUUCCUGUCCCUACUGUGCAACUCUCUCAACUCUGUUCAACUCUCUUCACGCGAUGACCUCAGGAGGAGACACAGGGUCUAUCCAAUGCUCCUCAUAGAGGGGGUCUAAUGCACAUGCGCAGCGAGCGCAUUCAAACUUUCCCAUAGGAAAAAAGUUUUGGCAGCACAUAGGCUCCUAGAUAAAUACCCUGGUUGUCUAGUUCCUACAAAUAUUUAAUUGUUAGCAGUUGUAGACGUGGUUACUGCCAAUACAUUUUUUUGCCCUGUACAUAUAAAAAUAUGCAAACAUUUGCUUUUAAACCCCUGCUAAAAAUUCAUAAAAAUCACAGAUGUUUUUUGAUACAUAUACUUUUUUCUACUUGUUGUGUAAAUAUCAUUCUACCCAAACUGUGUUAAUUAUAUUUCUUUUUAGGUUUCUCAGAAAAUGUACGUAUACAUUUGUAGGGUAAUAGGUGAAAGCUGUACCUGGCCUUUACAAAUGUGCUGCAAUAUGUAUGGGGGCAGGGAGCGGUAUAAAAUAUUCAUCUUUCAUAUAGAAAAUUUUUUACGGUUUUGUUAGAGCUCCCAAUGAAAAUUGUUUGGGUUUUUGUUUUAUUUAUGACUUAUAAUCUGCAUUUAUACCUGCAUCUUUACUAUCCAAUAGAUAGCAUCAAUAGCUUGCAUUUCUCUACUCUAUGGUUUCGUUUUUUUUUUCUCCCCCAGGUCCGGUAACCAAUGCAUUCAUUAUUUCUGCUCCAGCCAAUAUGCUUAGAGCAGAGAGUAAACCAAGCUUUCCUCUCCCCCGCUUCAGCAAACACUUGCAAGGAGCAGAGGGCUGUGAAGGCCCUGAGAGUGGUGGUAUCAUCCUAAGGCUUGGAAGAAACCAGCAGGUGACAGUGCAAGGGGUUUUAUUUGUAUUUUUUUUUAAUUUAUUUUUCUGGGUCACACUUUUGAUUAUAUUAACUUUCUGUAUAUUUCAUAUUUUGUCUUUGAUUGCAGGGAUUAGAGGGCACAUACUUACAGAGAGCAGAACAGCUACAUACCCUGCUUGGUGAAAGUGAGGGAAAGGUGAGUGUCUUUAUCUACACUUUUGGGGUAAAUUAGUUAUUGAGGUGUAAUUGUAUUCUAUUGCAUAUUGAGUACAUUUGCAGGGACACAAAAGGGAAAAAACACCACUAUUUCUUUUCAAACAUUUUUCUUAAGGUGUCUGGUAAUAAGUUACAGAAUUCAACUUUCCACAAAUGUGUUCCUGUAUAUCUUUACCAUUACACAAAGCGGAAUGGAUUCCCCAAUACAUAUAUAAUAUGAGUUCUGUGACAGUUCCCAAUCUGCAGUCUUCUGCUUUUUUCUUUUCUUUAUGCUGAGAUGCAUGUAAAUAUGAUAAACAGCAAAAAACAGCUCUGCCCUUGAAAUUAGUACUUUUUAUUUUUCAAGUAUAGCUAGGCUGGUGAUAGUUUCAUUUUGAUCAGGAUGAUUGUUUCUUGGGUGAAUUAAGAGGAAAGAAACACUUGCUCCCUGACUCAAAGGAUUAAAAUAGACUUCUAUUUUUAACAUCAUCUGUCCAUUUUUCUGUCCACCAUUUUAGAACCUUUCUGGUCUUGUGGAGCAGCUUCGUUCUCGGACUUCUGAGCUGGAGGAAGAGUUAAAUAUGGUGCGAAAAAUUAACAAAGAUCUCUUUGACUUCUCUGCCUCUAUUAUCACUAAACAGUGACCUUUAAAUGAACACAUUUAGUAAAUUUCUCUCCAGAUUCAUAAGUAAGUCAGCUAAAAUUUGGAAAUCACAGGCAAAAGUAUUGCAGAGACUUUGGUAAAAGCAUAUACAUUUUUAAGUAUCGCAAGAACAAAAAUUGCAAAAAUGUUAAACUAUGUACGAAGGAGUGUGAAAUAGAAUGGAGAAAAAGUGAGUGUGUGUGGGAGAGGGGAAGGGAGGGUUGUACCAGAAAAAAGCGUGAUUAGAACUGAAAAAAAAUGUCACUGUGGUGCAGAACCUUAUAGUAGUAUAUUAGUCUUUUAUAUUAUCCAAAUGCUGGCUAUUUUUUUUUUUUUUGUCUCAAUCAAUUUUGUGAUGUGAUGUUAGCAGUCUGCCAAUGUGCAACAAAAUUUUGUACGCUCACUUGAGUAUGCAGAGCAUAUUGUAGUUGUAUGACUGACCUCGUUAGAUUCUAAUUUGAAUUAACACACGCACACACACACAGUAAAUGCAUACAUGGUGUCAUUAUUUAGGUCCAGUAAGAGCUUUAUUUUUGAAGCCAAGUUUUUGUUAUGCCAUUGAGAGAACAUUUUUGUUUCACUUAUAAUCUAUGAAAUUUAUUCAUAUUAAUGGGGUUUAUUCACUAAAUUUGGAAUUGUAAGCAUUGAAAUUCAAAUGGCAAAACAGCCAAGAUGUAAUUAUAGUAGUGCUAUUGUGGAUUCUUGGUAAUUGCCACACUGCACCAAUCAGCAUCUACUCAUAGAGAUGCAUUAGCUCAGUGCAUCUCUAUGGGGAACGCACAAAUGCAUGAAGACACUGUGCAUAAUUCAAAGAUUAGAAAAAGGUACUAAAAGCAACAAGUGCCAAAUACACACACCACUCCCUGUGUAUCAAAACAG